AUGGCGGUACGCGUCAUUGAAGUUCAGGAAUUCGACCUUGUCGUGUUCGGCGCGUCCGGUGACCUUGCGCAUCGCAAGCUUCUGCCGGCUCUUUACCACCGCGACGCAGAUGGACAGAUGCCUGAGAACGCACGCAUCAUCUGCAGUGCGCGCCGUGACUAUACCGAUGAUGACUAUUGUGACUGGGCCAGGACGGCACUCCAGGAACAUGUGAAGGAUCUCGAGGAAGAUCAUCUUGCCCGGUUUCUGAAACGCCUGCGUUACGUCAAGAUCGAUGUCGCGACUGCUCAGGGUUUUGAAGACCUGAAAAAAGUGCUGGAUGAACGCGAAGACGUUAUUCGGGGGUUUUAUCUGGCCGUCGGCCCUGAUCUUUUCGGAACCAUCUGCGAGAACCUUGGCAGAGUGGGAGCGGUCAAUGAUCAUGCCCGUGUCGUCAUGGAAAAGCCGAUCGGCAAGGACGGUGCUUCGGCCAAGGCCCUCAAUGACACGGUCGGCGCCGUCUUCAAGGAAGAACAGAUCUUCCGUAUCGACCACUAUCUGGGCAAGGAAACCGUUCAGAACCUGAUGGCACUCAGGUUUGCCAAUGCCCUGUUCGAACCGCUCUGGAACGCUGCACAUAUCGAUCAUGUUCAGAUCACUGUCGCGGAAUCCCUCGGUGUCGGCGGGCGCGCCGGCUACUACAAUACGGCUGGCGCCUUGAGAGACAUGGUCCAGAACCAUAUCCUGCAGCUGUUGUGUCUUGUGGCCAUGGAACCACCGGAGUCGAUGAACGCGGACAGCGUCCGGGAUGAAAAACUGAAGGUGCUGAAGGCCCUGUCUCCAAUCGGCAACCACAAUCUCGACAAGUUGACCGUGCGGGGUCAAUACCGUGCCGGGGCGUCUGCCGGCGGCGCGGUUCCCGGAUAUCUUGAAGAGCUUGGCAACGACGAAAGCCGGACGGAAACCUUUGUCGCAUUGAAGGCUGAAAUCGCAAAUUGGCGGUGGUCCGGGGUUCCGUUUUAUCUGCGGACCGGCAAACGGCUUGCGCAACGUGUAUCGGAAAUCGUCGUGCAAUUCCGUCCCAUUCCCCAUUCCAUCUUCGGCACGGAAGCGGGAAAGAUCACGGCCAAUCGCCUGAUCAUCCGCCUUCAGCCGGAUGAAGGUGUCCAGAUGCAGAUCAUGAUCAAGGACCCAGGCCCGGGCGGAAUGCGGCUGAGACAGGUUCCGCUCGACAUGAGUUUUGCCGAUGCCUUCAAGGUGCGCAAUCCGGACGCCUAUGAGCGUUUGAUCAUGGACGUGAUCCGGGGCAACCAGACACUGUUCAUGCGCCGGGACGAAGUCGAUGCGGCCUGGUCCUGGAUCGAUCCGAUCCUGGCCGCCUGGGCAACGUCCAAGGAAACGCCGAAGGGGUAUACUGCAGGCACCUGGGGCCCGUCCGCCUCCAUUGCGCUCGUGGAACGCGAUGGACGCACCUGGUCUGAAGACGAUGCCGAAUAA